AUGUUUCUUUAGUUUCAGUGGGUUCAAUCCCUCUGGACGAGCUGAGUAAAUUUCCAACAGUUACAUUCUCCACAGAAGCUAGUGUAUAUCCUGAUGAGGGGAUUCUGGACCUGAGUGGGAGCUCGGAGAAGAUUGAUGUUGCAUUGGUCAAGGAGAUACGCGAUGCUCAAACCUUUGUCGUGGUGUUACGUGCAUCCGCUGGGGAGUUCACUGUGCAGCAGCUUGUGACUGUCCGGAUCACAUCCUCCUUCUUCACUCCAGAAAACGUCACAGUUAUGCUGGUGGAGGGAACCAGGAAAGGCACACUGAUAGCUGACGUGAGGACUAUUGGUAGUUUGGGAGGUUACAGCAACUACGAUAUUGAGACCACAGAUGGUACAGCUGGGGCCUUGUUCCUUGUGACAGCCUCAGGGCAAGUUCUCUGUGGACAGGACAUGUUACUGAGUAACUUUGCCAAUGACGACACAGUGGCUAAGGAAUAUAUAGCCAGUGUCACGGCGACGAAGGGAGGACAAAGAGCAACAGUUGCAACGUUUUACAUCUUGUUCUUCAGGAGUAGUUUUACAAAAAUGUUAAGUGAAAAUUGGAUAGGCAAUAUCUUGAGCUACAGUAUAACAAGCUCAAGGUUUCGGAUUGACAUUAAGGAGGAUACUCUCCCAGACAGGCUACGGCUAACAAAAGAUCUGACUACCAUAAGGCUGGUCAACGGAACUGAUUACGAGGCUGGCAUCAGAAGCAUAAAUUUUACACUUGAUCUCGUCACUACGGACAGUGCAAAGUCAACCACAGUAGAUGUACGCAUAAAGAUUGAAGAUGAAAAUGACGAACGUCCGGAGUUUCAAAAAGCAGUUUACUACUUUUCCCUGCUUGCUGGUUCAAAGACUAAUAGUGUAGUCGGUGUUGUUAGCGCUACUGAUAAAGAUACAACUGGACAGACAUCAUUUCAAUUGGAAGGCGCCUAUAAAGACGACUUCACCAUAAACGACGAUGGUAUUUUGACAUCAAAGGUGGACUUAACAAGAGGGCGGUUCCCCUCCGCGAUCCUUUUUCGUGUCAAGGCUUAUGAUGGCGUUAACUACUCUGAAGAAGCCAACAUCACUGUGUAUCUCAUCUCCUACACCAGCAAUGCAAUCAACCUCAACAGAACCUUCCUUGGUAGCGUCAGCGAGAACAGCCCCCCUGGAACAAAUGUUGCUGAUGUUGCAGUGUCAAACUACACCGGUUACAAAUUUGCAAACUCUCGGGCUAACAGUCUCUUCAACCUGGAUCUUGUAUCUGGGGUCGUCACAACAAACAUUUCCUUGGACCGAGAGAACAACUACCAUGCAAAUACUGACUUCACCAUUCUGGCUUACAUGGAUAGUAAUGACCAGUGCUCCCCUGUGACGAUUGGUCAACUCAUUACAACUGUAACGGACGUUAACGACAACGCACCAACAUUUUCCAAACUUUCCUAUACAGGAAGUGUAAAAGAAAACUCAACUACAGGGACUCUGGUGGAUGGUUUGGUUGACGUAGGUGUUACUGACGACGACAUCGGAGAGAAUGGUGCCGUCAACUUCGCUUUGACGGGAACAGGCAGCAACUAUUUUGCUGUUGAGAAAUCAAACCACAACCACUUCACCAUCAAAACAAACGGAACUCUGGUCGACAGGGAAGUAACUCCAUAUGUACUCCUGACAUUAACUGGAACAGACAACCCAUCUAAUCCCCAGACAGGCACCACUACUCUCAACAUCACAAUCAUGGACAUCAAUGACAAUGCACCUCAGUUCAACCCUGGGACGACUGUAUUUUCGGUGGAAGAAAACGCUGGACCAACAAGUAUCACUACGUUAACAGCUACGGACAAAGAUGAAGGCCGGAAUGGACAGGUGUCAUACUCAUUGGUAGAAGGGGGUUUUGGACUAUUUGCAGUUGACGAAAGCACUGGCGCAGUAUCAACAAUCAAGGAAAUUGACAGAGAAAACAGGGAUGUCUUCAACCUGUCCAUUGAAGCCAGGGACCAAGGGUCGCCUUCCCUUGCAUCAGUAUUGACAAUUACCGUCAAUAUUAGUGAUGUAAACGACGAAAAGCCAACAUUUUUACAGACAUUCUACAAAGGUAAUUAUAUAGAAAAUACUCAGUGUACCACGAGCAUCCUGACAGUGGCAGCAACAGAUCUGGAUGAAGGGAGCAAUGCCAACAUCAGGUUCUCAACAACAAGUUCCAACUUUACAGUCGAUCGAACCUCCGGCGCCAUCAGAUGUGCAAAUCCCCUUGACUAUGAAGCAAUGCAGCAACACCUCAUAGAGAUUAAAGCCGAGAACCCAGGGACAUCUAUGAGCGAUACAGUUACAGUUGAGAUCAACGUUAAAGAUGUAAAUGACAACAGUCCACGUUUUGAUAAAAGUACCUAUCAGUCUGAGAUCACAACGUGGGAGUGGGUAACCAACAAUCCUGUCGAUGUUUUUGAAGUUAUGGACGAUGAUUCUGGAACGAACGGCCAAUUUACAUUCUCUAUGAGUGGGAAGACGGACAUAUUUUUCAUAGAUGGAGAAACUGUAGGUGUGUUACGCAUCAAAGCGGAUGCAACUCAACCCGGCGCCUCGACAACACACAAUUUUGACGUCACAGCCACAGACAAAGGUUCUCCAGCACUAAGUGUCUCAGUCCCAGUGUCAGUUCAGGUGAAGAAAAUAGAAGGCAAUAGUACUGUACGGUUCAGUUCUAAGGACUUCAGGUUUUCGAUAGUGGAGAACCAAGUAUAUACCACUCCUUUCGGAAUGACAAAGGCUUCACAUGAUCCCUUCGUGUCAGUGACCUAUUCCUUAAUCCGUGGUGGUGACUUCAGUAUUGAUCCUACCAGUGGAGAGUUGACUUGUAGCAAACCACAGGAUCGUGAGGCAGCACCCAGCCAUACCAUGGUCGUCCGCGCCAGAGAUAUGGCCACUAACACCUCGGACGUGGCUGUUAUAACAGUAAUUAUUGACGACGUAAAUGACAACGCGCCUAGAUUUCUGACAGUUCCUGCACAGCACGUGUUCAGUGUUCCGGAAAACGCUAUGGGCAUGUUUGUUGCAAGCAUUAUUGCCGAAGAUCAGGAUGCGGGUCAAAAUGGAACAAUAACCUACAGCAUUGAGACUCAAACACCUCGAUUUCAUUUCUCGGUAGACCCUGGAACUGGACGUAUUACUGUGUCGGGAGAUUUAGACAGAGAACUUUUUGACCACUACAACUUAACCAUCAAGGCAACGGAUAAUGCAGUCGCCCCCUUCACUGCAAUAACACAGGCUACCAUAGUCAUCAUGGACGUCAACGACAACCCCCCGACAUUCAACCAAUCGUUAUACGCAAUGACAGUGAAGGAAAAUAGUGACAAGUCCACGACGGUAGAGGUCGUGACAGCAACUGACAGGGACUCCGGGUGUAAUGGCGCAGUCGACUAUGUUGCUAACACCGUGAUGGUGGACGGAACUGUGUGUCCAUUCAGCGUAUCCGCUGGAGGGGAAGUGAAAGUGAGUGGCGACCUCGACUACGAGACGACUUCAACAUAUGAAUGCAUCAUCACUGCUGUGGAUAUGCACACAUGCAACACUGUCACAGGACGACUCACUGGGUCGACAACCUUAUCCGUCACCAUCCUUGAUUUCAACGACAACAAGCCGGUGUUUCAAGGGGCUCCGUACAGAGCCAACAUAUCAAGAGCCGCUGGCAUCAACAGUCUCGUCACCGACACCAUCACUGCAACUGACAGGGACGACGACAAGGACGGAAAUGGAGUCGUCAAAUACCAUAUUUUAUCAAACUCAGACUUCUUCGAGAUUGAUCGUGAUACAGGAAGGAUAACCGUGGCUACCUCCUAGAUGCAGUGAAUGAUGACAAGGUCACUCUGAUAAUCAAGGCGACAGAUAUACCUCAGACAGACCCUGCUAUGGAAGCAAUUACAAACAUUACCAUUUCCAUCAUAACUGACCAGCCGCGUCCAUAUUUC